GUGCAAGCAGCCCUGGACAGCUCUAUCCCAGGGCCCGGCAACAUGGAGCCCCCCAGCAGUCCCACCCCAGAUCCCUGUGUUCUGGAGCCCCCCAGCAGUCCCACCCCAGAUCCCUGUGUCCUAGAGCUCCCCAGCAGUCCCACCCCAGAUCCCUGUGUUCUGGAGCCCCCCAGCAAUCCCACCCCAGGUCCCUGCAUCCUGGAGCCCCCCAGCAGUCCUACUUCAGGCCAGCCCAGCAUCAUCAGCUCAGUGCCUUGCACCCCAAACUCUCCAGACAGCACCACAAUAGCACCCUGCACCCCUGGGUCCUCAGGCAGCACCAGCUCAGACUCCUGCACCCCAGGCCCCCCCGGCACCACCUCCACCCCACAGGAAGGUCCCUUCCAUGGGUGGCGAGUGGCACCCUCUGACUUCUCCUGCAGCCCCGUGGCCCCUGAGCCCCCAUCUGCAGAUGAGGGUGUUGGUUCCCUGCCUUGCCAAGACACCCCUGAGGAAGCCAAGUCCCCAUCCCCUGCCCCACAAGAGCAGGGACCCCCUGCAUCCCCUCCCAUUGAGGCAGGCAGGUCAGAGCCUGCUGCACUGGAGGGAACAGCUACCCCCAUCCCCUCACCCGAGGUGGCCUUGGGUGCUGUGUCCUGGGUGCUGCCAUUAGUGUGGCUGGAGAAGAGCCUCAACUCCUCAUCCCUGCUGGAGUCCCUGCGGCACAGCUUAACCCUGCCACGGCGGGACAUUGGCACCAACAUCACCCCAGUGCCUAUUGCAACCACUGGCACCAGCGUCACCCCUGUGCCCGCUGCAACCAUUGGCACCAGCGUCACCCCUGUGCCCGCUGUAACGAUUGGCACCAGCGUCACCCCUGUGCCCGCUGUAACCAUUGGCACCAGCGUCACCCCUGUGCCCGCUGUAACGAUUGGCACCAGCGUCACCCCUGUGCCCGCUGUAACCAUUGGCACCAGCGUCACCCCUGUGCCCGCUGUAACCAUUGGCACCAGCGUCACCCCUGCGCCCACUGCAGCCAUUGGCACCAGCGUCACCCCUGCGCCCGCUGCAACCAUUGGCACCAGCGUCACCCCAGUGCCCACCACAGUCACCGGCACCUUCAUGACCCCGCGGGACCUGCGGGAGAGCAGCACCAACACAUCCACGGGUCCCCCUCCCUGUGCCAAGGACAGCGCUGCCGAAACAGACUCCCUGCUCUGGCACUGUCCCCGGGAGCAGCUGAAGUCCCUGCCACGGGCAGAGCUGGAGGGGCGGCUGGAGAGCACCCUCAUCAUCAUCGAGGCCCUGUCGCUUCAGCUGCGGGGCUGGAACGAGAACCAGCGGGCCCUGCCUGGCGUGGGGCCGGCUGAGCAGAGGGAUGCGCUCACCCAGACCGAUGUCACCCACCCCAAAGGGGAGGAGGAGAUCUACCGCAACCUCUACCUCGAGCUGCGGAGGAGGACGGAUGCUCUGCAGCGGCAGCGGGGAGUGGAGCAGGACCUGCAUCGGGAGCUGAAGACGGCCGUGGAGGGCAUGGGUGCCUGGAGCAGGCAGCGCCUCCUGUUCCAGGGUCUCACGGAUGCCUCUCUCCAGAGCCUGCGGGAUGAGCAGAGAGCACUCGCCCAGGAGCGGGAGCAGGCGAGGGCCCUGGUGUCCCGGUGCCAGGCCCUGCUGGAAAGGGUUCCCAGCAAGCUGCAGAGCUGCCUGGAGGAGCGGGAUGCCAUGAGGCAGCGAGCGGAUGAAGCCCUCCAAGCCGAGCAAGAGGCGUCUCGCCAGCUGGAGGAGACCUCGGUGGCCCUGCAGGACACGGUGGCUAAGCUGGAGCAGUUGACAGUGGCCAACUCGCGCCUCAGCGCAGACCACAGCUCCCUGAUGACCAGCCUGGCCAGCCUGGAGCAGGAGCGGGAUGCACGGCAGCAGGAGCGGGAUGCGCUGCAGCAGGAGAACGAGAAGCAGCAAGAAGAGAUGGCCUGGCUGGCGCGGGAGCGGGAAGCGCUGCAGCGGGAACGCAAUGGAUUGUGCCAGGAGCUGCGGGAGGCAACCGAGUGCCGGGAGUUCCUGGAGCAGGAGAACCAAAUGUCCCGCACUCAGCUGCUGGAGGUGGAGGCCAGGCUGAGGUCCACGCUGGACACGCUGCAGGAGUGCAGCCAGCAGCACGAGGAGCUGAUGGAUUCCCACCAGCGCCUGCGGGAAGAGCGGGCUGCCCUCAGCAAGGAGCUGGAGAGCACCAAGGCCGAGCUCCUCGACUUGCAGCUUAAGAGGAACAAAGUCUCCUGGUGCUCCAAGGACAUCGUGGAGAGCAAGAUGCGGCUGCAGGAGCUCGCUGAGUGCCUCAGGGCUGCUCUGCAGGAGGAGGAUGAUGAUGAUGAUGCUGCUGCCCCAUCGAGAAGCAGAGCCUGGACCCCGGUCCCACGUACUCCAGGCUGGCAGACCCCAUACCGUGUCCGGACCCCCGCCUGCCGCACGCCGAUGUUCCGGACCCCACACCGUGCCAUAGCGAGCUCCUUUGUGGGCAGCGUCCUGAAAGCCGUGUGUGGGGAAGAUGCUGAUGAAGCUGCUGGAGUUGGGAGUGCAUUUACCAAGGACAAACCUGCUGCUACACCAAAGGCAAUAGAGCCUGAGGAUGGUUUGCUGGAGAGCGUGAAGCAGCUGAGGUCCGUGGUGUCCGACCUCGCCAUGCUGAGCUGCCGCAUCCAGGACCUGGAGCAGAGCGAGUUCAAGGCGCUGCAGACAGAGAUCUCCAACCUGCAGCUCCGUUUGGAGACGGUGACAACGGAGAGCCAGGAGAAGAUCGAUGCCCAGGCUGCCACCAUCGUCAAGCUGAACAAGGCGCUGAGGGGCAAGCUCGAGAGUGAGAAGGAGCUGCAGGACGUGGUGAAACGACAGGAAGAGAAGAUGCUGCAACUCAUCGACAAGAGUGGGGAAGUCACGAGUCUGAAGGAAGAGGUUUUCCAGCUGAAGCGCUCGCUGCAGCGUGCAGAGACAGAGGCCAAGGUGCUGUGGGAGGAGAUGAGGGAACAGAGACCCAAGGAGGACACUGUCCAUGUGCGGGAGCGAGUGCUGCAGCAGCAGGAGAUGGGCAAACUGCGGCUGCUGCUCCUGGAGAAGGUGGAUGAGAACCAGCGGCUCUCAGAUAAGGUCCAAGGGCUGGAGCUGCGGCUCCAUCGCAUCCAGAAAGUGCUGAGGAGCCAUGAGGAGAUGCAGGAGAAGAUGAAGGAGGUCCUGGUGGCUGUCCCUGAUGUGGCCCUGGCGUGCCAGGAGCAUCACAGCCUGCUGCGGUACCUGGGCUUGAAGCCGGAGAGUGUCAGCAAAGAGGCUGCGGAGCCGCUAUAGCCCCCGGGGUGAAACCUUCCCCUUGUUAAUGCUGUAAUUAUUUAUUGAAUAAAGUUGUGUUGGCAUUCA